GUUUGUUGUCCUCCACGCAGUAGGUACUUAUUUUUUAGUGUUUGUUCUAUUCGAAAACAUAUUUGUCAGCUAGCGUCACGUAACGUUACUGUAACUGUAAGUGUAACGGUACAUUUCUGGAUCGUAAUACUUAAUAAAUCAUGGCUGCCAAAGAUCGUCUGCCCAUAUUUCCGUCCCGCGGCGCACAAAUUUUGAUGAAAUCGCGCCUGGCGGGCGCCACCAAGGGUCAUGGCCUGCUUAAAAAGAAGGCAGAUGCUCUCCAAAUGCGUUUUCGCCUAAUUCUGGGCAAGAUCAUUGAGACAAAAAUGCUAAUGGGUCAGGUGAUGAAGGAGGCGGCUUUCUCGCUAGCCGAGGUCAAAUUCACCACCGGCGACAUAAAUCAGAUUGUGCUGCAGAAUGUGACCAAGGCACAGAUCAAGAUACGCACCAAAAAGGAUAAUGUCGCCGGCGUCACAUUGCCCAUUUUUGAGCCAUAUCAGGAUGGCGUCGAUACCUACGAGCUGGCCGGUCUCGCCCGUGGCGGCCAGCAGCUGGCCAAACUCAAGAAGAACUAUCAGAGUGCGGUGCGUCUGCUCGUUGAGCUUGCCUCGCUGCAGACAUCCUUUGUCACGCUGGACGAUGUCAUCAAGGUGACCAACCGGCGUGUCAAUGCCAUUGAGCAUGUUAUAAUACCGCGCAUCACUCUGACCAUUGAGUAUAUCAUCAGUGAGUUGGAUGAAUUGGAGCGCGAGGAGUUCUAUCGUUUGAAGAAGAUACAGGAUAAGAAGAAGGCUGCCCGCAAAUCGGCGGAUCUCGCCAGGGAGGAGCUGCGUCGCCAGGGCUACAAUGUUAUCAGCAGCGAGCAAGCGCAAAAUAUACUCGAAAAUGAGGGCGACGAGGAUCUACUGUUUUAGUCAACCUUCAACUUUCAGCUGAAUACCCACAAGUCUCGCCCAUAGACACAUACACACACACACACACAUACACACACCACCCACCCACCCACACACACACACACACACUCACUACCUCAUCCAAACACAAUGUGAAACUUUCCAAAUUUCUAAUUUUUUUGUGUUUUUUUUUUUUUUGUGAAUUGUGCACCAAUUUGUUCAUUGCUGUUGCUCUUGUUGUUGUUAUUGUUGUUUGUUGUAUGUAGCUAAUGAAAUAAUGUACACGUAUUUGAAUACCUA